AUGUACCAGGAGGUGGCCUUCCUGGCUGGCAGCUCCGAACGCCAGUUCACCACCUUCCGCUUCAACCGUGUGGAGAAUCCGCACGAGGUCACCUCCAAGAAGGGUUUGUUCUACAAGCGAGCCCAGCUCCUGCUCCAACCACAGCCCCGCCAGCAGGAUGGAGAUGAGAUCGGCCUGGCCGACGGGGCGGCCAUUAUUAAUGUGGGGGGGAUCAAGUACCGCAUCCCCUGGUCCACGCUGGAGGAGUUCCCCCUGACACGGCUGGGCAAGCUGCGCAGCUGCAGCAACGAGGCCGAGAUCAUGGACGUGUGUGACGACUACGACGGCAGCCGCAACGAGUAUUUCUUCGACAGAAGCCCGUUGGCCUUCCGCACUAUUGUCACUUUCUUAGCGGCAGGGAAGCUGCGGCUGCUGAGGGAGAUGUGCGCCUUGUCCUUCCAGGAGGAGCUGCUGUACUGGGGGGUGGAGGAGAACAACCUGGACUGGUGCUGCCUCAGGAAGCUGCGGCUCAGGCAGGAGGAGUACAGGGAGCAGCAGAGGCUGGAGGAGGAGGAUACCGAGCUCACCUCGCCACAGUCCUGUGAAGAUAGCCAGCAGCCACCCGAGGCGGGGGCACAGGAAGAGACCCAUACAGGGGGCUGCAUGCGAAGACUGAGGGACAUGGUGGAGAACCCCCACUCUGGCCUGCCAGGGAAGAUCUUCGCCUGUCUGUCAGUGUUAUUUGUAGCCAUUACCGCUGUGACGCUGUGUGUCAGCACCAUGCCAGACCUCAGGGAGGAGGAGGAGAGGGGUGAGUGCUCCCAGAGGUGCUAUAACAUCUUUGUGCUGGAGACGGUGUGCGUCGCCUGGUUCUCCCUGGAGUUCCUGCUCCGCUUCAUUCAGACGCAGAGCAAGUGCAUGUUCCUGCGUACGCCUCUCAACGUCAUCGACGUGGUGGCCAUCCUUCCCUAUUACAUCACCCUCAUCGUGGACUCUCUGUCAGUGGGAGGGAAACCUGCAGGCUCAGGGAACAACUACCUGGAGAAGGUGGGGUUAGUUCUCCGAGUCCUGCGAGCUCUACGCAUCUUUUACGUGAUGAGGCUGGCCCGCCAUUCCUUAGGCUUGCAGACGCUCGGCCUGACGGUGAGGAGGUGUACGCGGGAGUUCGGCCUGUUGCUGCUGUUCCUUUGCGUGGCCAUGGCUCUUUUCUCCCCGUUGGUGUUCCUAGCUGAGAGCGAGAUGGGCGCCAAGCAGGAGUUCACCAGCAUCCCUGGUAGCUACUGGUGGGCAGUGAUCUCCAUGACAACAGUCGGCUACGGAGACAUGGUGCCCAGGAGCAUCCCCGGCCAGGUGGUGGCGCUCAGCAGCAUCCUGAGCGGCAUCCUCCUCAUGGCCUUCCCCGUCACGUCUAUCUUUCACACCUUCUCUCGCUCCUACUUGGAGUUGAAGGAGGAACAGAGCCGGGCGCUGAGGCAGAAGCCAGACUCGCAGGACAGCACCAAGUCCCAGAACAGCGAAGACUCUCAGGAGAUGGACAGCUACCACGGCAUCGCGGAGGCCGCGGCGUCGUCCGCGCAGCAGAGGAAGUCCGCGGCCCUUCAGAGGGCCGCUGGGAUUAGGGCGUCCAUGCAAACUUAG